AUGUCGUCGAUCUCGAUUCCGGCCAAGAUGAAAGCCAUCCUGGUGCCCCAGCAUGGCGGGGCCGACGUUCUACAAUAUACCGAGUCGCAGCCGCAGCCGAAGCUGUCGGACGGGCAGGUGCUGGUCAAGAACAACUUCGCCGGCGUGAAUUUCAUCGAUACAUACUUCCGCACGGGCCUGUACCCUCCCCCGGACGGGUUUCCCAUCAUCCUCGGGCAAGAGGCAGCGGGUACGGUGGCCAAAGUCGCGGGAUCGAAUCCGCUGGGGUUUAAAGAGGGCGACCGCGUCGUCUGGAUCUUCCGCGGCGCCUAUGCUGAAUACACCGCGGUGCCGGAAGACCGAGUGGUUAAGAUCCCCGCCGAACUGUCGGACGAGCACGCCGUCGGCGGCUUCCUGAUGGGCAUGACGGCGCUGAGCCUGGUCAAGGAAGCAUACCCGGUGAAAAAGGGCGACACGGUGCUUGUGCACGCCGCCGCCGGCGGCAUGGGUCUGCUUCUGUGCCAGAUCCUGCGCGAUCUAGACGUCACCGUCAUCGGUACCGCCGGCGGGCCGGAGAAAUGUGCCCUGGCCAAGCAGAACGGCGCGACCCAUGUCAUUGACUACAAGAGCUCCAGUGGGCCGAGCUGGGUCGAACAGGUCCUGAAGCUCACCGACGGCAAGGGCGUCGAUUGCACCUUCGACGGUGUCGGCAAGGAUACCUGGGAGGGCAGUCUGGAGGUUGCGAAGCGGAAGAGUAAAGUGGUGUAUUUUGGAAACGCAAGCGGAGCCGUCCCGCCCUUCAACAUCGCCAAAUUGUCGGCAAAGAACGUGUCGAUCAUGCGCUCCACGCUGAUGAAUUAUAUUGUGACGCGUGAGGAGCUGGAGGACUAUGCCACCAGCGUCCUCGACCUGAUCAAGGUCGGGAAACUCAACAUCCGCAUCCACAAGACCUAUCCGCUCAAAGAUGCCGUGGAGGCUCACAACGAUCUGGAAGGUAGACGGACAACGGGCAAGUUGUUGUUGAAGAUCUAG